AUGCUCCCGCGGCGGCUCCUCCUGUCCGCCGUGGCCAUCCUGGGGGCCGUGGCGGCGGCCGUCGCGCAGCAGCAGCCGCAGCCGCUCGCGUCGCGGUCGGACCGGGCGGGGCUCCACAGCCUACGAGCCUCGCUCGGCCUCCGCGCGCGGGACUGGCCCCUCAAGGCCGACCCGUGCACGGCCUGGGCGGGGGUGACCUGCCGCGCGGGCCGCGUCGUCUCCCUCACCGUCUCCGGCCUCCGCCGCACGCGCCUCGCGAGCCGGGCACCAUCCUUCUCCCUCGACGGUCUACAGACCCUCACGUCCCUCGAGCUCUUCAACGCCUCCGGGUUCCCGCUCCCGGGCCCCCUCCCACCGUGGUUCGCCACCGCCCUCCCUCCCCCCCUCGCGGUGCUCGACCUCCGCUCCGCGUCGGUCAAUGGCACGCUCCCAGCCAACCUCGGCGCCUCGGGUAACCUCACCCGCCUUCUCCUCUCCGGGAACAGCCUCUCGGGCCCAGUCCCGGACCAACUCCUCUCCGUCAGGACCCUCCGCGUUCUCGACCUCUCCGCCAACAACUUCACCGGGGGCCUGCCCAACGUCUCGCUCGCCGCCGGCGACGGGGCCGCCGAGCUAUUCAACGUUUCAGGGAACUCCCUCUACGGCGUCGCCACCUACGCCGUCGGGGCGCUCAAGGCAAAGUUUCGCCUCGUGGACGUGUCGGCCAACUACCUCGACGGGAUUUGGGAUGGAUCCGAUGCAACGGUGGAUGUCACCACCAAUUGCUUCUCUGGCGCGCCUGGUCAGCGCCGCCGUGCUGAUUGCGAGGAGUUCUAUACGAGGCAAGGGGCCAGGCUUGUUGAUAUUCCUGCGCCCACCCCUUCGCCUCAGCCUCAGCCAUCGUCUGACAAGAGCCAGAAAAUCUCCAAAAAUCUACUUAUUGGAAUUAUUGCUGCCGCCGCAGCAUUGAUGGCUCUGUUUUUGCUUGCAUUGCUGCUCUGUUAUAUGAGGAGGAGAAGCAGCAGGAGCAGACAAAGAGGAGGAGUGGAAACAAAUGAGGAAGCUGCACGCGGCGUGCGUAGGAGGGACAGCAGCGUAAAUCCGGUAGCGUCAUCGCCAGUGGCAAUGUCGCCGACAGCCAGCACCACUCCUAAGGACACACUACCUGAUUUUGGCGACCUGUCCUUUGAGAAGUUGGUCCAUGCCACCGGGGGCUUUGCCGACGAUAACCUCCUCAAGCACGGCCAUUCGGGGGAUAUUUACCAUGGUGUCUUGGAGAAUGGUGCUGACAUCAUCGUGAAGAAAAUCGGUGCAAAGAGUGCCAACAAGAAUUCAGGCGAACUGGACUUCUACUCUAGGUACUCGCAUCAGAGGAUUGUUCCGUUGCUCGGCCAUUUGGCCAACGGCGAUGAAGAAUUUCUGGCCUACAAGUAUAUGCCCAAGGCGGACUUGACCAACGCGUUGCACAAGAAACCUGUGGACACCGAAGAUGGCUUGCCCUCGUUGGAUUGGAUAACUAGACUCAAGAUCGCCAUUGGUGUAGCCGAGGCCAUGUGCUUCCUUCAUGACGAGUGCAGCCCGCCGCUCGUUCACAGAGAUAUCCAAGCAAGUAGUGUUCUUCUUGAUGAUAAAUUUGAAGUGCGACUGGGUAGUAUGAGUAACAUAUGCGCUCAGCAAAGUGCAGGAAGCCAGAAUGUUUUCACCCGGAUUUUGAGAUCAUCAAAGUCUCUUGACAAGAACGCAUCAGUCCCGCCAGCAACUAGUUCCUAUGACGUUUACUGCUUUGGGAAGGUGAUCCUUGAGCUAGUAACAGGCAAUUUUGGUGUAAGUGGAUCAAACAAUGCUGGCUCCGAGGAGUGGCUGGCAAACACAACAAAUCGCAUCAGCGUCAACGAUAAGGAUAGCAUUACAAAUAUCAUCGACCCUUUGCUUAUCGUCGACGAGGACCAUCUUGAAGAAGUAUGGGCGGUGGCGAUUGUCGCGAAGACGUGCCUGAACUCGAAGCCGUCAAGGCGUCCCUCUGCUCGCUACGUCUUGAAAGCCUUGGAGAACCCGCUAAGGGUGGUGCGAGCGGGCUCCCGCUCCAAUUCCGCAAGGUUGAGGAGCUCAUCGUCGCGGAGCUCCUGGCAAUCCGCUUUUGUCCAGGGAAAUCGUUACCAGAGCUACGAAAUCAUGUCGGCGUCAGGGAGAAUGCUGGAUCGCAGAGGUUCAGUUAGAUCACAUAUUAGUGGCGGAGAAGCUUCCUCAUCCUUCAAGAGAUCCUUGCGGGAGAUUGCUCCGGACCCGCAAGUGCUGGACGAGGAUGUUGUUGUGUAGAAAAAGAAAAAUAUUUAUCCGGUAUUCAUUUCCGGCGUUCGUGAUUCAUCGUUUACCUGUGUAUAAUUGUCAUCUGAUGUGCAUGGCUUCGGCUUCUCGACGUGAGAACUGUGCAUAAAAGAGAGGUUAAUUGUGUUUUUUUUUCUCAUUGGCACAUGCUACAGUAUGUUUUCAGAGUGCACAUAGAGCAACAAUACAUGGGGUUUCUUUUGACCAAACCGCAUUCAGCUUGACAUAAUCUUGUAAUACCUAGUCUGAAAUAGGAAUGUUCUGUGUUAAGAAAUUUGAUUUUGUUUAAUUCAAA